AUGCUCAUUGACCGCAUGGCUGCCACACUGGCUGACGAAGCCGCGGAGAAGACAGCGCAAGCAAAGAAGGCGAAGCCAGCGAAGAAGGCCCCUGCAAAGGGGAAGGACAAGAUGACGAAGAAGCGGAUGGCUGAGAUCGCCCGAGAGGAGAAGAAGGCGAAAGAAGCUAGGGCGGUGGCUCGUGCUGAAGCCGCUGCUCUUCAGCGUUCUGCUGAAAAGAAGAAGCAGAGGGAUCGCAUUGCACAGGAAGAGCGCGAAGGACACGACGCGCGUCAACGAGCCUUAGCUGACUUGAAGAAGAAGAGGGCGGAGGAUGCGUCGAGAAAGCAGACGGCUUCCUCAGGGCACUCUACGCCAGGCAAGCGGAAGCCGCUCACAAGCUCCGCUGCAUCCAAGAAGCAGAAGAAGACCAAUAAGCUGAAGAAGACCAGUCCACACGUGCAGAAUGUUGACGACGAGGCUGAUGACGAGAGCUUGCAGGAGAACUCAGGUGCAUACCCGUGUGAAUCCGCGCAUGGCAGUACGUCCCCGACGGGCCCAGCAUCUCCAGUGGAUGAGUCGUUGCAGUCAACGCCAGCACGCCAAGUGUCAAGGACGCUUAGUAUGGACUCUACGGAUUCGGCGACAGCAAAUGCAGCGAGCCAAGCUGAAGAGGGGCCGAUGAAGCUUCAGGUGGAGGAUUGGUACUUUGACACGGACCUGGUCGCCGAGUUGGAGGCCGAACUUGAGCUUCGCGAGUCUGCGAAAGCAGAGACGGUCGAAUCCGCGACGGAGGCUGCAUUAUCCGAUAGCGAUGACGCUUUCGAUGGUGUAGCUCUGCUCGCGCGUCAAAGAGCCCGAGAGAGACGCGAGUUAGCCUCAGAGCUGCCAAGGCGACAUUGA